AUGGCCCAACUCCAGGAAAACAUCAACGGCAUCGUCGUUGCUUUCUACACGUGCGCCAGAAGCGAUGGCAACUGCAGCCCCCUGAGCAGGGAGGAGCUGAGGGAGCUUAUUGAGCAGGAGUUCGAGGACGCGAUGGAGAACCCCCAGGACCCCAAAACGGUCAAGAAGGUGCUGUGCUUCCUGGAUGACGACAGUAACUGCAGGGUUGACUUCAGUGAGUUGCUCAGCCUGGUUUUCUGCGUGGCCAAGGCUUGUUACAAGCCGCUCCAGAAGCAUCAGGCACCAGAAGAUGGUCAAGAGCCAACAGCGCAAGAGAAGACAGGUGGGGAGCAGCCAUCGGAGCUGCACACAGCCAAGAGGGUCUCCCGUAACCAGCAGGUCCCCAGGCAGGGUGUGAACAAUCAAGUCCAAGACAAUGAGACACAGGACCCAGGCAACCAUCAAAUCCAGGAGGGAGAGACACAAGAGCAGGAUCAGGACACCCAUCAAACCCAGGAGUGUGAGACAUCAAAGCAGGACCGAGACACCCAUCAAAGCCAGGAGGGUGAGACACCAGAGCAGGAUGAGGACAUCCAUCAAGCCCAGGAAGGUGAGACAUCAGAGCAGGAUGAGGGCACCCAUCAAGGCCAGGAGGGUGAGACACCAGAGCAGGACAAGGACACCUAUCAAACCCAAGAGGGUGAGACAUCAGAGCAGGAUGAGGACAAUCAUCAAAGCCAGGAGGGUGAGACACCAGAGCAGGAUCAGGAAACCCAUCAGGAUGAUGGGACUGAAGUGACAGAAGGGGAUCCAGAGAGAGGUGAGAUCCCGCACGUUGCAACUCCUGAGCAGGGCAAAAAUAUCCAUAAGGCUGAAGAGAAUAAGACACCAAAACAGGACCCAAAAACUGACCAGGACCAAGAAACCGAGGCACCACAACAGCAUUCAAACCCAGAGUCAGUAGAGCAGGACCUGAAUUGUCCCUCUGAGACACGAGGAAGAGACCCAAACAACAAGACCCAGGUCUGCGAGGCCACUGAGCAGGAUCCCAAGCCCGGCAAGCCCCAGAAGCUGCUGCCCCCACAGUGGGGUGCAAGCCCCUGUUGGGAUCCCAAGCCCCAGGGAACGUGCCAUGACCUGGCUUACCAUCCGCUCCCUGACUCCAAGGUACUGGAGCAGGAGCACAGCGGGGCAGAGGCUCCAUCUUGUCCAGGACAACAGCAACAAGAUGCUCAUCACCAAAGACAACCCGCUAAAGAGCAACAGCUCCUGCAGUCUCUGUACCAGUGGCCACCACAGCAGUAA